AUGUCAAGUACUAUAUCCAGAGAGCGGAGUAAAGGAAAACCGUACGGUCAAGAUGCUUUAAACGCCAUCUCAACUCAUCAUGCUGGUGCGGCUUCAGUACCAUUGGGUGCUCCUCAGCCCUCAUUCGCAACACCUACAAUUCAGAAUGUUACUGCUGCACCGCAACAGGAAUACGAUAUGACAAGCCCCACAAUGCGUCUGCCGGUGGGCACAACAAUUCAUCCGAUGGGAUACGGUAUGUCGUUUCUGCAGCACGGCGGCCAUUACGUGGCGAGGCCAGGCAAUGCGCCUCCAACGCACAUGCGAGCUCAACCGCCGCAGCAGUACUAUCAACCGCAGCAGAUGUUUGUACAACAACAACAGUUUUUCCCUGGACCUCAAUACUCACGGCAACCUGGAAUGGAUUAUGAUCCACACACAACGGCUAUGAGCACUGUGUAUAUGAGUCAGGAGAUUUCGCAUCCAACCCCCAUUCAAAUUCAACCGCCGCCUCAGCCAGUACAACAACAUCGGAACAAGAAUAUUCUUACCAUACGAGAUCCUAACACGUUUGAAGUGGUUGAUUUAUGUGCAAGGACCGAAUCUUCGUCGGAAAAUAGAAAAGAUGAAGCUAAAGAUUCACCUACUGAAAUGGCCGCAUCUUGUAGUACAGCUCAAGAAGUGCCAAACGUGUCGACUGAAGCAACUGAUCUAGUGAGCAGUUCUCCAGAUCCUACCGAUCAGUCUACGUACAAAGACACAGACACUUCAAGUAUAGCACCGGCUUUCGGUGAGGAAAACGAGACUACACAUAUUUGUGUUGCGUCGGAUACCCCUGUAGAUGGUCAAGAACAUAAAAUAACGUCAAACAUUGAUACUGCUGAGACGGUAGCCCCAAGUACGAACGACCAAGGGUCCAUUCUGGAUGUGGAGGCAGAAGAGUCUUCAGUUGACGCUGUAGACACACCGGAUGUUCCCACACCAGACACUGAAGAAGAAGAAAGGCGUAAGGCUGAGGAAGAAGAAGAGAGGAAAAGACAGCGUGAGGUUGAGCUUGAAGCUCUGUUGCAUUCACUAUUGGCUAAUCCAACAGAAGUGGACAAAGAAAAUCUGAUUUAUGGAAGGGCAUUUCUGUAUUGUGUUAGAGACCUUGAAAAAUAUGGCGGUAGAUUUUCUCACAACGAUCACAGAGGGGGGAAAGGUGGUGGAAACAAAAAGUUCCCUCCAUCUGCUAGACCGUCUAUUGAACGUAACAUCGAAAGAGCUGUAUCACUCCAUAAAGCUGAAAAUGCGUGGAAAGCGGAGAAGAUCCGACCAGAAGAUCUAGAAAAGGAAGAGGCUAGAACCAAGGCAAGUAGUUUAUCGCUUCUUCUCAAGAAAGUCCGUUCUUUGAUGAAUAAGAUCACACCUACUACGAAAGAUGAGCUCAUUAAAGAGUUCCUGAACUACAAUGUAUCAUCUAGUCCAGAGCAAUUAGCUGCUGUUAUUAAUAUCAUCUUCGAUAAAGCCGUUGAAGAACCGAAGUUCUGCCCGAUCUAUGCCGAAGUUUGUAAACAACAGGUGGAUAAAGAACUGAAAGAGAAUUCGAAACUUUCUCUGUGUCGAAAUGCACUUCUUAACCGUGCUCAAGAGACAUUUGUGAAUAAGACAUGGGAAGAAGAGCGAAAUAUUAAGGUGAAGGCCAUCGACGAGGAAGAGGACCCCAAGAAAAAACUUCAGUUACAAAUUGAUCUUCAGGAGGCCGAUGACAAGUUUCGCCGAAGAAAAUUCGGAAACAUAACGUUCAUUGGACAACUGUAUCGACAAACACUUUUGUCCACGAAAAUUGUUCAGUGGUGCUUGUAUGAUCUUAUUAAUCAUUCGCAUCGAAAUCCUGAGACAAAGAAACUUCCGGAACCGCCAUUUGACGAGGAAUCUCUACAAUGUGCCAUUCAACUGAUUGAAAACCUUGGAAAACAGCUGGAUUCAUUCACACAGGACUUCAACGGAAAGGAGUAUCUUGAUCAAACUCUUCAACAUUUGGAGUGCGUAUCGAAUAUGUGCAGUAACAAAAUUAGGUUUAUGGUAAUGAACGUAAUUGAAUUGCGGCAAAAUCGUUGGUUACCUCGAAAAGGAGUCGACCAGGGUCCCAAAAAGCUCGCCGAUAUACAUAAUGAUAUAAAACGUGAGCAAAUGGAGAACCAUUACGAGAUGAAUAUUAAAUUACAAAUUGGAGCCACAACACCUGGAUUGCCUAUGGUCCUCAAAAUUGUCGAGUGUAUCGACGAUACACCACUAAAAUACGUAAUUGGACUACCAUCACGAAUUGUGAGUGUUCUAGAACAAAUUCUAUUUGACCAUAAUUUUCAAGAUUUGCGCGAGUUGCAUUACAGAACGUUCGGAAUUCAAGAGUUGUGA